UUUGAGAGAGUGUUUUCCAGCUGAUCCAACUCAGGAGCAGGAGAGGGACCAACUGUGAGAGUGACCACCGCACUUUUUUUAAUGCUUUUUGAGUGCAAUCCAAGCGCCGCACUUUUUUUUUCUCAUAGAAAUAAGGCAUUUGUUUUAUAAAUGUCUUUUUCUUGCAACCAAUCCCUGGAUGGCAGUUUUCCUCCGUCUCCAGCGGAGGACGGGGUCUCCCAGAGGCUGUCCUGGAGCAAUCUGUUGCAGAGGCUCACUGAGCUGAAAGGGAUCAACCAGAGGGCCUCUGCAGAUCAGGAUUACAGGAGUGAAUCUGGAUCUGUGGCAGACUUAUCACUGUCAGAGUCAGAGAAUAGCUUCUGUUUCCCCCUUGAGGAGACCCUGGCUGCAGAGGUGGUGUCCACAAUCACACAAAGCCUUAACAAUGCAUCAUCCAUCCUGUGCUGCUCCAAACUCAUCAUCCCCGACUGUUUGAUACACAACAUAAGCCAAGAGCUGCUCCAUCUGGCCGUCAAUGAACCCUGUGGACUGAGGGGAGCCGUGAUAGACCUGUGCGUGGACAGGAGCGACCAGGGCCUGCUGUGCACUGUGGAUCAAAUAGCAGUGGAUCCCACCCUGGUCCCGACUUUUCAUGUGACUCUGGUGCUGAGGCUGGAGUCUGGAGGACUCUGGCCUAAAGUUCAGAAGCUCUUCAAAGGAGGCAAGCCUCCAUCUGCCAUGUCUCCAAGGCACCACAGAAACCUGAGGCUGAGCAGCAGCUUCAGGGCCAUCAGGAGGAAACUCUACACUUCAGGAGAACUGUUAAUUGAAGAGUGCUGCUAACUCCUGCCAUACCAAUGUGUCUUAUUAGAUCAACCAGACUUUUUUUAUUUUACACCUACCUGUACUGUAUAUUCAUUUAGAAAAGAAAUAAGGUCCUAACACAUUUGUAAUAUGUGGUAGAUCAAAGGACCAAACUCUUUAUCUUAUGGCAGCUAGUCACCUGAUUGCAGGUGACUGAAGACUAGUGAACAUAAAUCUUUUAUAUGAAUGUGGAUGUCCACGUUUUAAAGGGAAUGUAGUAUGAAAUAUUACCGCCGGAAACGGUUUUGUAUCUUAAAGAGAAUAAAUUAUUUUUAUUAAUG